GACGGUGGGUCUGGGAGGCCUAGGGCCCGGCUCAGCCCUGUGACCGUCAGGCCCCCACCUCACUGAGCUGCGCCUCCCUGCAUCUUUGCCCGGCAGGUGUGGGCAGGUGGCAUGGGCCGCAACCCCAGGCGGGGCGGCCGUGGGGAACUGCAGCUCAGAGUGGCUGUGACUGAGCAGCUGCAGCACAGGGCUGGGUGGCUGCGGGGGGAGGCGCUGAGCUGCUGGGGCAGGAAGCAGGCAGGGGCUCCUCCUGGCGCCCACGCCGUCCCCGCCCCCUGCCCCUGAGCGGGCUGCCGGAGCCGCCGUGCCAGGGGCCUGGGUAAGUGCUCACAGCAGCGUCCCCACUGGACGGGGACCUGGGCCACGCCGGGGAGGCCCACUGCCCGGGCCCCGCGUCAGGUCUUCCUGAGAGUCCUGGGGCGGCCCUGCCUGCCCAGGAGGAAAAGGGAGUGGGCCCAGGCCCCCACUUACACCACUGCUGGGCCAUGGGGUGUUCGUGGGGUGAACCUGCUGUCUCGGCUGUGGGGUGGGGACCCUUCCCCAUCCCCCACAGCUCUGCUGAGACCCCAGGAAGGGGUCAGGGCCUGUGGGAGGGGCAGCUGCAGGGCAGUGGAGAGCCAGAGAGCAGCAGCUGAGGGGUACUCGAUGCUCAAAGCAGCCCCCUCCUGCCCCUUGCCCGCCCCCUCCCCUCGGCCCUGCUGCAGGUGGCUCGGGGGUGUCACCUGAGACCGAGGUGUCAAGCCUGGGCAGGUCAGUGGCUACCAAGUGUGUUCUCAAAGGCUCCCCGGCCCUCAGGCCUGAGCUGCAGGUGCCACAGCGGGCCUGGCUGGUCAGCCCUCGGCCACCUCCACAUCCCCUGCUUCAUUGGGAGGCAGUGGAGCCAGCAGGGCGCCACCCUCACCCUGCAGGACCUGGGGGCCGGAGGCGGGAAGGUGGGCACCGCCUCUGGGGGAGGAGGGGCUGCGCAGCCUUGGGGUUUCCUGUGUGCUGAGUCAGAGGCCCUAGACGGGAGCCCGCCCGGUGGGAAGCGCCAGUGUGGGGGCUGCCUGGGGGUGCUGCAGUCCCCUAGCCAGCCCCCCAUGCCCCUCUGUCUUCUGCCCCAGGCCAGGCCCCGGGCUGCCACGAUGAGCCCACAGGUGCCCUCAGCCCCUCCUGCCCUCUGGGUCGUGGGGUGCUUUGCCCUGCUCCUCUGGCUGUGGGCGCUGUGCACGGCCUGCCACAGGAAGCAAGCCCGGAGGCAGCAGACAGAGCUGCAGGGCAGUGGGAGGCCGACAGGAGCGUCCCCGCUGAGGCGGCCCCACCUCUGCACCCUCAGCAAGUCGGACACCAGGCUGCACGAGCUGCACCAGGGCCCCCGAGAAAGCAGAGCCCCGCGGCCUGCUAGCAUGGACCUCCUGCAUCCACACUGGCCGGAGAGGUUGUCGGCAGCCCCCUCUACCUUCGCACGCCAAGAGCAGCCCCGGCCCUGGCCUGCUAGUGCUGUGCCCCCCAUCGGCCCUGAGGCCACCUAUUCCAACGUGGGGCUGGUGGCUCUGCCCAGGGCCAGCCUGGCAGCCAGCCCUGUGGUGUGGGCAGGGGCCCGCCUGGUCAGCAACUGUGCCAGGCCUGGGACUGGACUGGCUGUGCCCGAGUAUGCCUGCAUCCGGAAGCCCAAGGGGACAGACGGGAGCCCCCAAAGUCUGCAUCAGGGGAAGACGGAGAGGAUGCCAGCCUCUCAGGUGGACGCCCUGUACUCCAGGGUCAGCAAGCCCCAAAGGAGGGGCCCGGGAGCCGCCACAGCCCCGCAGGACUCCAGGGGUGACGGAGCCGUUCUGGCCCUGGGGAGUGACCGGGCCUCUGCUGCCCUCCCAGUCAGGGGCCUGGGUGUGGACAGCGGCCCCCUGGAAAACGUGUACGAGAGCAUCCAGGAGAUGAGGGCCCCCACGCACCCCGAGCCCCCCAGCUCUGGCUACUAGCAUGAGUGGGCACAUGCAGGGCCCAGACCCACCCCAUCAGCCUCGGCCUAGGAAGGGUUGGUGACUGGAAACCCAGGGUGCUGCCCCAGAGGUGCCAGGGUGCUGCCUAUUCAGCCGGCCAAGGCCCUUGUCUAAAUAAAUCGCCACCCUCCAA